AUGGUGGUCGAAAACGGCCGAAGUAGGCCGCAACAGCAAGUCGUGGCCAUGGCUGCGAGCUUGCAGCGGACAGCAGGGGCCAACAGCGGCCGAAAUCAGCAAGUGGUGGUAGUGGCCAGCAUAGUGAGUGGACAUGGUGGUGGUUUAUAUGCCAAACCAUCAACUUGUCCAGGAGAAAUCUUCCAAGAAAAUUCAGACUCAUCGUUGGGUCAGGCAGUACUAUUCUAUCCUGCCAACUACACCUAUGUGAGUGGUACUGUUGUCCACGAGUCCUCUGCUUUGGACAUCCAUUUCAGUGGUCAAGCUUGUAGGAAAUCCCCAAAUGCGUGGACUGUCAGUUAUUUUGAUGACGCAGUGGGUGCAUGGAUCGUUACAGCAUAUGGGUUCGUAGGAAACCCAGGACCAUAUGGUUUCAAGUUUGAGAAAGUCUGCAACGAUAAUGUGUACCAGAUUCUUUUCGAUCCUCCGACUGCACUAGGAUUACCUAAGAGCUAUGUUGGGGUCACUUCUGAGGCCGAGAGACGCACGGCUCUCAUUAGUGUCCCACCCUUGCGGUUGAAGAUUGUCAAAGCUUCAUAUGCUCGCCAAGUUAAAGAAGCAAGACUCAACAAGGGAAGGAUUGCUAGUGUGGUUUAA